AUGAUGAUUGUCAAAUAUUCGGUUGUGUGCAAUCCGGUGGUACCAAUGGCAGUAAUAAACCGGAAAAAUUCCCGAACUGAAGCAAAAGAUGCCGCAGCAACUUGAAUUUCAGUCCUUUACCUUCAAAAAUGUUUGAGAAAUAAAAUAAUGUCUGCUUCCUUUAGCUCAAGAGAGCAGGUUCCAACUUCCCCAAAUCAGUGAUACCUCGGAUUUUGAUCUGUUAAGAAAUCUCAAAAAUAG